AUGGCCGCGGUGGCAGCACCUACCAGGGCGGGUGGUUUGGCCAUUCUGAGCUUCAAGGACGGGGAGAUAGAGGAUGUUCAGGGUCACUCUUCAGGAAGGUUGUUGCAUGCGCGGUUACGGUGGGGGACGAGGUUGUUGCGGGUGCUGGCAGUGUAUUUCCUAGCGCAGCCGCCACCGAGGAGAAGUUUUCUGGGGACCGCCUUCAAGGAUGUCACGGAGAGUCAGCCAAGGGGAGAGGAUCUUGUGGUGGCAGGGGAUUUCAACAUGAUCGCGGAUCCCAUAGUGGACAAGUCAAAUAGGCAGGGGGUGACAGGAGAUAACUGCCGUAUGAUGCAGAUGUUAGCGGAUUUCCAUGCAAAGGAUGCGUUUCGAGAGUUGAAUCCGGAUGAGAGACAGUUUACUUUCUACUGCAAGUCGGCAAAGGUCAGCUCGCGGAUAGACAUGGUGCUGGUAUCUCAAUCCAUGCUGCACCUGGUGGCGCGGGUGAAACACAAGAAGAUACCAAAGGGGAUCACUGAUCAUAAGUUUGCGGUGAAGUUACGGCUUGGAUGGAGGGGUCCGCGAGAGUCAGGUCCGGGGUUAUGGCGGUUCCCAACAAGGUUGUUGAAGCGACCAGGCGUAGCGAAGGCAAUUGCGGAGGUGGUUCAGAGACACCGCGAAGGAGGAAGCAGAGACUUCGACAGGUUGUCAAGGAGUUUGGCAGCGCAACUGAGGAAAUACGACAAAGAGGAGAGAAGACGGGUAAAGCAUACGAGGAGUACUUUGGAGGAGCAAGUGGAACUGUUACAACACAAGGCGAUGGCUGACCCUUACGAUGACGAGGUGCAAGCUCUAUUGUCCAACCGUGAAGCGAUGCUGCAAAGGUAUUGGGAUGGGAGGAGGAAUCUGUUGCAGAUACGGACUGGGCUCAAGGUGCAUCUGGAAGGGGAAGCACCAACGAGUUUUCCGACGGCGCUGGUCAAGAGCAGGAAAGCAAAAAUGGGGAUAAAGGAACUGGUGAGGAAUGGGAUCAGCCACACAAAAGUACGGAAAAUACUGGAGGCGGCUACCUGUCAUUUUAGGGAGGCCUUAGAUGAGGCGCCAGCGGGCACUACCGAGCCGAGGCUGGAAUGGUCGCUGAGGAAGACGCUGGACGAGGUGUCUGCAGAAAGUCUGACGAGGGACUGGUUGGAGCAGGAGGUUAAGCAUGUGCUCAAAGAGCUGGCCAAUGAUAAGUCACCGGGACGGGACGGGCUGCUUAAGGAGUUAUUUCAGCGGCACUGGGAGCUGCUACGGGAGCCGGUGAUGAAGAUGGUAGGGGAGUUCGCCGCGACAGGGAAGCUGCCGGAAAUGGCAAAUGAGGCGGUCACCAUACUGUUGUACAAGAAGGGUGCAGAAACGGAUAUCAGGAAUUACAGGCCGAUCACGUUGCUUUCAUGA